UACCAGCUAACAAAUCAAGAAGAAAGCUCAUUCACCAAGGGAGAUUCAAGGCCUGAUAAAUCCACAUAUAGCAUAGAGAUUUGUUGUGAAGAUUUUCGCUGUUAUUCGUGGUAAUCCGUAGCCAUCAUAAUYAUUAUCAAACGGCUGACGCUAGGCUCUUUCACCAUAGCCCACGUUUAAGUCAAAAGUAAUCUGCCUAAUCUAUUAUUACUGUGAAGACAAGGCCAGGUCAAUACUCAUCUUUCUGAAGCUACAAGCUCGUCUGAAAAAGGAAAAAUUGAACGCACUAUCAUCGAAAGCGCUGACCUUUUGCUUAUACUAAGUGCUCAGGAACUACAUGUCCCUUGCAUGGAACAUAAAAAGCGAUCGCGAUUGUAAACAUGGGUUGCAGUCCAUCACAUGCUCUCAUUAUUAAUUCUCACUCACGACCUCAUGAACAGAUCUGUCUUCAGCCCAGGAUUUACAUGGUGUCAGAAUCAACGUUGAGGAUUUUGGAAGACGUUGGAGAGCUACGGUUAUACCAACAGGAAGAUAAAGACCCCGGUGUCGCUCGUGUGAGAUUUGGAACAAACACGCUGGACCAACUUGAAAAUCCUGUCGGAUUUCAGUCGCAACUGAAGCGACAAUUUUCUAUAGAUUCUGAAAAAUCCGUUACAAUAGCACGUCAAGACAGUAAAAUCACUGUAAACUUGGGCACCACAGAAGAAGAUGACGAGGAGAAAUCCCUAGACGAGGCGAGUCGAGGUAAAGAGGAAAAAGACAAAGAGGAUUUACCGAGUUGUUUAACAGGACAGAGCUCUGCGGCGUCUUCGACGACGGAGUUGGUCAGCGCGCAAGUUCACGACCCAUCUUCUUUAAAAUCGCUGGCUAAAGAUUGUGUCAUAAGCAAUUCUCAUGAAGCUUGUCUUGACAUUGAUCCUCAAUAUCAGCUUCAGUCAGUAAACUCAUCAUGUGCAUCAUUAUAGCAAGUUUAUUUUGCAUAAAGCGUCGACAAUACAAAAACACCAUUUGAUUUUAACCAACGCGUGUUCAGCAGCUUGAAGCGCGCCCKAAAGAACUAUUUCCCCGUUAGAUUGAUUGAAUAUCCAGAGCUGAACAAAUGGAGAAUUGAUCGAAUUUCGUUCGCAUUGAAGUAUUUGAUAAAACGAAGAAAUAGAAUAAUCCGAAGAUUACUUGAAUUUCAAUGUUUGGCUAAUAAAUAAUGUCUACCGUUUAUUUGACUUAACGGACGCCAAACUUCAUAUAUCGUAGACAUUGAAUGAAUAUGAAAAGAUCAUUUGGUAGAAACACAUACAAAACGAGUCGUGUAAAUUCACGUGCCUGACCUAUCAAAACACCUGUCGAAGAUUGUCAGUCAGACACAUAUUUAUGAGGAUAUACUAUACAUUUGAUAAAAAUACGUGGACAAACUCAAGAAUACCAUACGAACGCUUUAUUUGACAUUAUUUUCUACGUCUAUGUAAAUAUUACAACGCAAUUCAUGACAAAUUUUGUAAAUUCGAUAGAUUGAAGGGAGAGAGAAGCUUUGACGUAGUAGUUUCAGGAAUGUUGCAACAUCAUUUCUUGCUAAACGGCAUUCGUACAAAACUUCAAUAUUCUGAGGCAUUUUAGCUUCUUUCUCUAAUAUAUAUACUUAUGUAAUCCACGUGUAAAUACAGUUUGAUUUGCCGUUAUUAAAAAGAGAAAAGAAAA